AUGGCCAACGCAGAAAGAAAAGAUUUACAAGAGGAAGAAUUGGCAAAGAGUUCCGUUUUGGUUUCCAGUAGCUCCUUACCACCGUGUACAAUUCUAGUAAAAGCUACAAAUUUUGGACUAGCGAUUGAAGAAGUGAAUCGUAUGUUGCACCAAAGGAACAUACUUCUUGUGGAACAUCAGCUAGAUGAGAUGGAAGAGGAUGAAUUUAUAAAAAGAAGAUAUCAUUGUACAAUAUUUUUGGGUUACACGUCAAACAUGGUGUCCAGUGGCAUCAGGGAUAUUGUACAAUUUCUUGUACAACAUAAACUGGUAGAUUGUCUCGUUACCACAGCUGGUGGAGUCAAAGAGGAUUUUAUAAAGUGUUUGGCGCCUACAUAUGUUGGCAGUUUUCAUUUGGACGACAGAAAGCUAAGAGAAAAUGGUCUUAACAGAACUGGAAAAAUCUAUUAA